ACUUUUGUUUUUUCUUCACACACCACCGAAUUGUUCUUCCAAAAAAAAUUGAAAAUUAGGGUUUAAGGUUUCGUACCGGAAAUGGCAACACCAGCAGCGGCGGCGGCACCAAGUACGGCAGCUACCUCCGAGAAGAAGAAGCCGGUUUUCGUCAAAGCGGAAAGCUUAAAGCCAGGGACACAUGGACACAACUUGACUGUUAAGGUUGUUGAUUCGAAUGCCGUCAAAGCCACCGGCGGCGCCAACCGAGGUGGUAGAUCAUCAGCGUCGUUAAACCCUCGUGGUCCGGCGCGUCUCGCCGAGUGCCUUGUCGGUGAUGAAACCGGGUGCAUCCUCUUCACUGCUCGUAAUGAACAGGUUGAUAUGAUGAAGCCUGGGUCGACUGUCAUUCUGCGAAAUGCAAAGAUUGAUAUGUUCAAGGGUGCCAUGCGACUUGCAGUAGACAAAUGGGGUCGUGUUGAGGUUACUGAACCAGCUGAUUUUGAUGUUAACCAGGAGAACAACCUUUCUUUAGUCGAGUAUGAACUGGUUAAUGUGGAAGAGUAGACAGGCUCAUGGGAAAUGAUAAUUUGAAGUCACAGUCGAAUUCUUGUUCCCAAUGUGAAUUAUUAUUAUGCAUCUCUGGAAUUUCCUUGGAUUAAUGAGCAAAGAUGCCCAUAUUUUUUAGCUCA